AUGGCGGCUGGUAGAAAGGCAAGCUCUCUCUGUUCAGUGGACUUUGAGGUUUUUGGGAAUGUACAAGGUAAGUUUGGUUAAUACGCAUUCGAUCGAUGAAGCCUAUGGCUUGAUAACGAAGGAACAGCUCAGCUUUAUCAUCCAACGAAGAGUGGAAAAUGACCUCGGAAGCUUACUAGCGAAAUAAGGUUUUCAGGUUUUUAGUAUCUCAGCUUCAUCGUAGGCUUUCCUUUCUACAUAUAGACCUCCCCACCUCUCCUUGUUCAUUUUCCUUAAAUCCCUAACGGUUACAGAGACUAGUUGCCAACGCUUUUAAUGAUGACAGAAAAUCGAAGGUUUUAUAAACUUUAUGAACUGACUCACUCUCAUAUUUCAAAGUAACUGAGCUGUUCAAUUCUGAGACACGUUUUUUUUUUCCUUUUUUCAGGUGUAUUUUUUCGAAAGGUAAUAUUUUCUUCAUUAAACAACUCUAGCACUGGGGUUCAAACUUAGCACUGUGAAUGCGGUGUUAAUUGAAACUUGAUAUCCACAGAUGGAAUGCAGUUUUCUUUCAAUGUUUUUGGUUUGAUUUUUCUCCAAGACCCAGACAUGAUUAUCCUCAUGUUCAGCUGCAGGAACCUGUUGCUUGGUCUUCUGAAAAGAUUAUGACUUUCCAUAAGAACAUUUUCUUAAGUAAAUUAAAAAUUAAAUUAAAUCAGCAGUAAAUGGCAACAGUGCUUUUCAAUGGAGUUUUCCUAUUUAGCUGGACAGCAAGUCAACAACAUAAAUUAGAAGGCAUUCCUGCAAAAAAUUGAUCUGCAGUUCAUGAGGUGGCUGCAUGUAAUUGAGAUCUGGGAAUUAAUACUGAUAAUAGGACAGAGUGGAGUCCAAUUUGUAUUAGUAAUAUCUGGUGCAAUUUGAUGCAAAUAAGCUUAGGUAAAUUGAAAAUAAAAUUACAUGGAAUGGUAGGGGAUGUGCAAUUUGUAGUCAUUGAAAAAUUUACAAGUGCUUAUUCACUGCAAAUUACAUGAGAAAUCUUGUAAUUACCAAUUAAUAGUUUACAUUACAGUUGUCAAAUGACAGCUAACUGUCCAAUUAUGCUUUUAAAGAAUAAUUAUUGUAAAAGAAAGCAGGUAGUUACUAAUCACAUUUGAGGAAAUUGCAGUUAUGGUAAUGAUUAAUUGAGAAAAUAUAAUGGUAAUCAAUGCUUUUCCAGUAUAAUCAGCUUAUGCUCAAUGAUGAGAGUACCCUCAUCUUAAAAACCAUCAAAGAAAGUCAAAACUGGUCAGCAACUAUAAGUAAUUGAUUCUUGUUACUUUUAAGUACACCAAGAUUAAUGCCGCCAAACACAAACUGGUUGGCUGGGUAAUGAACACACCGCACAACACAGUGAUUGGACAGCUUCAGGGAGAGACUGCAAAUGUUCGUCUCAUGUAAGAAAUGUUCCAAUUUAGAUUUCUUGAUGUAAUAUUACACUCAGAAAAGUGUGACCACUUCUUUCUGAGAGGUCAAUUGAGGAGUGAUCAAUCAUAAAAAUGUUCAGCAUACGGAUUGGAACAAACCUCAAAACCACCAAUGAAUCACCCUUGCAGUUUGUGGUUUGUUGUUAAAACAAUUAAUCAUCAUCUGAAAAACUAUUGAUUUGAUUGAGGCCUUAAGCUUCUGUAUUUCUUUUCCGUUCCAAGUUUUUGGUGAUCCUUGGCAAUGUCAUUCCUUGACUAUGCUGUAGGUAGGCGAGAGCUUGAAAUAAAAAAGAGAUAUACUAGCUCAUCUGGCUUCAAUUAAAUCAUCCAUUUAAUCAAAAUGCUAUUGAAGGACAACUUCAAAUGUUUACGAUUUUCUGAGUUUCAAGUAAUCUUCCUAUCAGCUUGUCUUGCCAAACCAGAUAUCCCCACUCUAUUAUGAAUGUACUAACUAGGCUAAGGGGGUGGAGGAAGGUAAAGUGAAUUCUUCAAUGAUCACAAAAUUUCACGAGCUGGUAGGGCAAGUGCAAUUUGUAGUCUUUGAAAAAUUUACUAGUGAAAAAUUAUGUUAUUACUAUUUAAUGGUAUACAUGAAAAAGCAUCACAGAAAAUAUAGACAGACAAAACUUACAUAGGGAAUGCCAUUUAAACUUUGCACUUGUGUUCCAUGAAAAAUGUGCUCGUCUUCAGCCAAUCAGAGGCGCUUGAUGUUUUCAUGUGAUACUACAUUCUUAUAGAGAUUAAGUUAUUAGAAAUGUAUGGCAGACAGAGCAGAGAAUGGAUACUUAGAUAAUGGAGGUGAAACUGAUUUCCAAGUUGCAAAAACCUUUCCUCCCACUGUGAGGCCAGGUGAGGUACUUUUGUGAAAACAAGUCUAAUUGGAUUCACUUUGAAUCAUAGACUUGUACUUACCUUUAUUUCACCUUCUGGGGCUUUGAACCCUCUCACACAGAGACAAUCAAUAACCAAUUUCUCCUCACAAUAUCAAGUGUUUCUUUAGGCAAGUAAAAGAUGAAAUGGUCUUCUAAAUUGUCUAUUUUUCAUCCUAGGAGAAAGUGGUUGAGAGUCACAGGAAGCCCACUAUCAAGAAUUGAUCGAUGUGAAUUCAAGAAUGAAAAAAACAUUAGUGUGCUGGAAUUUAGUGAUUUUGACAUCAGGAAAACAAAGCCAUAGUGAAACACAGAGAGUUCCUCUUACAUCAUCUUAUGUAUGACUCAAUCAGAGAAGCUGCUUUACAGGCUGGAACAAUUUUCUGAAACACUUAUCAACUGUGUUCAAAGCAGUCAGAAACCAACUUUCCCUCUUUGCAGUAGAACUAAUUUCACAGAUGUGUUGACCAUAAAUUGAAUUUUGAAAUAGUGGGUAUGGCAUGGCAAUUCCAAUUAUUGUACUGUUAGACUGUUCCAAAAGACUGUUUUACUGGAUUUCUCUAUAACCUUAGCAUUACAAUCGCAAUUGUUAUGGCUUUUGAGUGUUUGGUUUUUAAGCACAUUGAAUAUGGUUGGUGGCAGUUUUGGAACACCGUUCCCAGCUAACUUAAACUAACCUUGUGUGGUGACACUCGUUAAACACCACCUCAAAUUGUUCAAAAUAUUCAAAGUAGACAGCACAUUUUGCCCAUUGAGAAGAGACUCUGGCAAA